AUGGGGAAAGCAGUCUUCAUCCUGCUGGAGGGCUUCUACCGGGACCUCAGCAAGCCCAUCUCCCACCGCAAGGCCUGCAAAGAGUGCGAUUGCCAUCCCGUGGGCGCUGCCGGCCAAACCUGUAACCAAACCACGGGCCAAUGUCCCUGUAAAGACGGUGUCACCGGCAUCACAUGCAAUCGAUGCGCCAAAGGCUACCAGCAAAGCCGGUCUCCCAUUGCCCCCUGCAUAAAGAUCCCUGCCGCGCCCCCCACCACUGCCGCCAGCAGCACGGAGGAGCCUGCAGAUUGUGACUCAUACUGCAAAGCCUCCAAGGGGAAGCUGAAGAUCAACAUGAAGAAGUACUGUAAGAAAGACUACGCUGUCCAGAUCCACAUCCUGAAAGCGGAAAAAAAUGCUGACUGGUGGAAGUUCACCGUCAACAUCAUCUCUGUCUACAAACAAGGCAGCAACCGGAUACGGCGCGGAGACCAGACCCUGUGGAUCCACUCCAAGGACAUAGCAUGCAAGUGCCCCAAAAUCAAGCCCAUGAAGAAGUAUUUGCUGCUGGGCAACAACGAGGACUCUCCCGACCAGAGUGGCAUCAUUGCGGACAAAACCAGCCUGGUGAUACAGUGGCGGGAUACGUGGGCUCGGCGGCUCAGGAAGUUCCAGCAGCGGGAGAAGAAGGGGAAGUGUAAGAAAGCCUAA